GGGUGGUCCAGUCAGCGCCAGUGGCCACCGCCAGGGGAGCAGCGGUGCGCGGGACGCAGGCACGCGCACGGCAGGAGCGCACUGUCCGGUUUUCAGUGCGAGACACCGUCACCAGGCAACGAGAGCGGCAGCAGAGAGCCCGGCAGCAGGGCACGCCAUGGCGCUGCUGCGCCUCUACUCCCCGACGGCAGCGCGCUGGAGAAGACCGCCGGCGGCCGGCGCCGCCCGUCUGCGCACAGAACGCUGUGUUUACGUGGAGACCGACCGACCUUUGGCCGCGGCCGAGCGCGAGCGGCUCAACUGGCUGCUGGCGCAGACUACUGCUGGCGGCGCGCCGCCCUCUGAGGUCACCCAGCUGCGCCAGCUGCCCGGCCAGCACAGCUUCGUCUUCGAGAUCGGCCCCAGACUCAGCUUCUGCACGCCGUCGUCCACCAAUGCGGUGGCGAUAUGUCGGGCGCUGGGCCUCCGUGACGUCACCCGCCUGGAGGUGGCUCGGAGGUAUCAGCUGAUCAGCGACGCUCCGCUGGAUGACGUCACCAGACAGAUGAUAAUUGCGUCAACGCAUGACCGGAUGACCGAGUGUUGUUAUCCGGAGCCGCUGCACUCGUUCGGCGCCACCGUCGCACCCGAGCGUGGGCCGGUCGCUGAUGUCAUGGGACGCGGCCGCCAGGCCCUACAGGACGUCAAUACUCAACUAGGUCUGGCCUUCGACGACUGGGACGUAGAGUUCUACUGUCAGCUGUUCGCCGAAAAGCUGCGGCGUAAUCCGACGACGGUCGAGUGCUUCGAUCUGGCGCAGUCCAACAGCGAACAUUCGCGCCACUGGUUCUUCAAGGGAGCAUUGGUCAUCGAUGGCAAGAAAAUGGACAAAUCCCUUCUGGAGAUGGUUAUGGAAACGCAAAGGCACAGCUCCAAUAACAACGUGAUCAAGUUUUCCGACAACAGCAGUGCCAUCCGUGGCGGCCGCGUGGUGGCACUGCGAGCGCUGCGUCCGUCCGCCGCCGGCCCCCUGGUGGCCGAUACCGCCAGCCGACACGUGGUCUUCACCGCCGAGACGCACAACUUCCCCACGGGCGUGGCGCCCUUCAGUGGCGCCACCACCGGCACCGGCGGCCGCAUCCGAGACGUGCAGGCGGUCGGACGGGGAGGUCACGUGGUGGCUGCGACAGCUGGCUACUGCGUCGGCCAGUUGCUCAUGCCAGAGUACCCGCUGCCGUGGGAGGACGCCGAUGCUGUCUACCCGGCGCAGUUCGCGCCGCCGCUGCGCGUGCUGCUGGAGGCGAGCGACGGCGCCUCCGACUACGGCAACAAGUUCGGGGAGCCGGUGAUCGCCGGGUUCACGCGCUCGCUGGGCCUGAACACGUCCGACGGCCGCCGCGAGUGGGUGAAGCCCAUCAUGUUCAGCGCAGGCAUCGGCCUGCUGGAGGCCGGCAUGGUCGACAAGCUGCCACCUGAGGAGGACAUGCUGGUGGUCAAGUUGGGAGGCCCCGUGUAUCGGAUCGGCGUUGGUGGAGGCGCUGCCAGCUCCGUACAGGUUCAGGGCGACAGUGCGGACGAGCUGGACUUCGGCGCCGUGCAGCGGGGGGACGCCGAGAUGGAGCAGAAGCUGAACCGUGUGAUCCGCGCCUGCGCGGAGGCCGGACCGGACAACCCGAUCACCAGCAUCCAUGACCAGGGCGCAGGGGGCAACGGCAACGUGCUGAAGGAGAUCGUGGCGCCGGCGGGGGCGGUGAUCUACACGGACGAGUUCCAGCUGGGUGACCGGUCAAUAUCGGCUCUGGAGCUCUGGGGCGCAGAGUACCAGGAGAGCAACGCCGUCCUGUGUCGGCCGCAGUCCCGACAGCUUCUCUCCGACAUUUGUCGGCGCGAGAACUGUCCGGUCACCUUUGUGGGGCGCGUCUCGAGCGACGGCAAGGUGAUCCUAAGGGAAGGGCCCUUUGGCUGUUCUCCAACCUCCGCCGACCCUGUGGAUCUUGAAUUGGAGCUCGUUCUUGGGAAAAUGCCGCAGAAGGUGUUCCAUUCGGAGCUGCCCGCCAGCGUUACCUGCCCUCUGAAACUGCCGGAGGGCCUGCGGCUGCAGGAGGUGCUCAGCAGGGUCCUGCGUCUGCCGGCUGUCGCCAGUAAGCGGUACCUCACCAACAAAGUGGACCGCUCAGUGACGGGCCUGGUGGCCCAGCAGCAGUGUGUCGGCCCGUUCCACACACCCCUGGCGGACGUGGCCGUUGUCGCGCACUCACAUUACGACACGGUGGGCGCAGCCACCGCGGUCGGUGAGCAGCCAGUCAAGGGUCUGCUGGACCCGGCCGCCGGCGCCCGGCUCAGCGUGGCUGAAGCUCUCACCAACCUGGUGUUCGCCCCCGUUACGAGUCUCGGGGACGUUAAGUGCAGCGCAAACUGGAUGUGGCCGGCCAAGCUGCCAGGCGAGCCGGCCGCCAUCUACGACGCCUGCGCGGCCAUGUGUGACGUCAUGGCUCGACUGGGCGUGGCCGUGGACGGCGGCAAAGACUCGCUGAGCAUGGCGGCCCGCGUCGCCGGUGACGUCGUCAAAGCUCCAG